GACUAGGGUUCCUCAUCAAAGCCAGGGAAGGGGCAAAAAAGGGCAAGAAGUCUCCGUUGUCAUUCAAAUCUCUCUCUAAAUCCAAGAAACAUCGUGAUGACGACGGUGACUUUGAUGACCUUGGAUCUGAGGAAGGGGGAGAGUGUUCGGUUGAUGAGAAGGUGAAGGCCAAGUCUGAACACUGGCAGGCGUUUCUUCAAAUGCAAGAUCGCAUCAAAGAGAAUGUACUUAAAACACAGACAAAUAUAGGGAAGCUGGCAUCGGGACGCAUUUCCCCAUCUGGAAGAAUAUCGCCUGGUAAGAACAGGGAGGAAGAUGAAAGUAAUAUUAAGUUUACAAGUUUGAGCCAAGAAGAAAAUGUGCCAUCGGAUAAAAGUACCGAAGAAAAACAUUUAAGAAGACUCCCUAAAUCAGAAGAGAGCUCUGAGAAUAGUGGCAAUUAUUACGACACUUCUGAUCUUUCCAACCUCAUAUCUCUCCCUCAAUUCACUGUAUCAUCUCCAUCAGCAUUUCAGACCGGCAGCUCAGAGACAGACACAAGAUUUGACAUGGAUCUGGACAGCUCAGAGACAGACACAAGGUUCGACAUGGAUCUCGACGACUUUGCUGAUCUUCGUACCUCAGAGAAUCACCGCAAUGCUGCAGUGAGCGGCAAAAAAACUGAGGCCACCAACUUAAUUGAUGAGUUUGACCUGCUGGGACUCCAUUCGGACUCAUUCCCACCCCCUAUCUCAAACAGCCACCACAUGUCAGCUCAGAGCUCCCUCAAUGAAGACUUACUUGGUUUGGAUGAUUUUUUGUCCCAGCCAGUGUCUCGAGAUAUGUCUCAAGAAAAUUUAACCACUGAUUGGUUUGGGGGCUCGUCCACGGCCCAGAGCAGUGCCCAGUCAUCCUUGUGUCCGAGCCCUGUCCAGUUUGAUAUUGAUUUGUUGACCAGUCAAGGAAAGCUUGUUCCAGAGAGUACCGCCGUGUCUGAUCUCGCCAGGUCUCUGGUAGAUGACUUCCUUCAGUGGGGGGCGGGCAAGUCCGAUGAGCCUCUGUCCAAAAAUCCAUUUUCAUCAGAUGAUUUCACAGAUGAGCAAGCCUUAAAGAUGAAUGCUUUCAACCCGUUUGCUACCAUUGUAGAGUCCGAUGACAUCGACUCUAAUGACUUCCUGGGAGGUUUCAAUGAACCCAAACUUCCAGCCUGGUCAGCCGUGCAGGACAAAAGACAUGACCCCUUCCAAACAGAAGAUAACCAUGCCAUGGAAGCCAUGGCAGCCUUCACAACAAUAGACCCAUUUGCCCCACCCCCGACCCAAACUACUGGGAUUCCUUCAGCUGGCCUGGACAUUAAUGCUAACGCUGCCCCAUUUGAAUCUGCUGCUGUGCCACCUCUAAGGCCCGCUCAACCUACUCAAGCCAGGAAGUCCUCUAGGAAAUCAUCCAAUCCGUUUUUGAUUAAUGAUGAUGACUUAACUGAUGGAAAAUUCGAUGACAACUUUUUUGCGAGUCGUGGUAUUUUUCAUGCCCCUGCUCGGGACGCUGACAGUAUUUGGGGAACAGUAAGUUCCUCUGAAACAAAAUCAACCGGCACAUCCUCGGCUCUGGCAGCCAAUCCAUUUCAAGAUGAUUCCUUCACUACAGACAACAUUCCUACUGGCCCGGGUUUUGCAGACAGCUUUGGUCAGACAUCCACCAUUGGUCAGCCCAUAAACCCUUUCCUAACUGCCAGCUUUGAAAACAUAGCCAUCCAGGCACAGCCUCUGUCCGGUGAUAACCCCUUCGCAGCCAUGGUCAGUGACAAGAGCCCAGCUCUGAGCCCAUUACCGAGCCCAGGUCAUAGUGCCUCACACACUUGUGCUCUCAGUUCUCACUUGGGUGUUGACCUUGAUGUCACACAAAUUCCAGAUUCAAAUGUUUCUGCUGGCGAUGAUUUACAGUUUGAUCCCCUCAAUAAACCAGAAAUAAUAGAAAGUCUGUUUGAUGACCCCACUGGUGACUUUCUGGGAACCGCUGCAAUCGCCACAGAUUUCCAAGGCCAUAGGGACACAACCCAGGUGGCCACUGUUCAAUCGGAAGAGGAUUUCACCGGCGCCUUGAGAUUUGACAUAAAAGAAAAGUCUGAAUCAGACCCGUCUGGUCCGGUGCCCACCUUACCUCCACCACCCCCGAAGCCUCCCAAAUCACCCUCGAUGCCUCAGAGAGAAAAUCCUUUCAACAAGGAAUCCCCCCCGGAGGAAAACUUUGCCAGCUUUGCGGAGGUAGAAGAAGAGCUGAAGAAGAAAGCAGAAGCGGAAGCCGCUGCAGUCAGGGAGAAACGGGAACGUAUGAAGUCUCUGACAUCAGAAGACAGCACACCAGAAGAUGAUGGACCUUUGGAACCCUUAGAACUUUUCCACCCGACACAAGCAAAAGAGUUCUGGAAGCUAAUGGUGAGGCAGCCCACCAAGAAGAAGUUGGCCGGCAACAGGUUCUGGAAGAUGACGAUAGUUCGAAUAUGUCAAACCAAAGAUGGGCCGGUCAUACGGUUGUUUAUGGAGGAGAAAGACACAGAUCCCUUCCAGGUAAGAAUUUAGUUCCGUGGUCUCCAAACUUAAGGUUACUGUACCCCUCCAUUUAAAAAAGACUCCCAAAUGAUGUCCAGCUGCUUGGAAAUAAACCUUUAGUACCAGUAGUGGUGACUUGUGUAAGUUAAAGGAUGCGGUGCCACUGAAAUCUCUAAUGUCUACCAGGGAGAAUCUUUUGUUACUCCCCUGCAAUACUGCCCCAUGGCUGCUUACAAAUCUACUUGAAGAUUUUUGGAAUAGUAACUUUUAUUUACAUCCUUAAUUAUUUUCAAUUGUAUGUUGUGAAGAAUAUUUGGAGAUUUUCAUUAUGUUAACAUCUAGGAUAUGUUUACUAUCUGGAACAUUUUUACUAUCUAGGAUGUAUAUACUAUCUAGGAUGUGUUUACUAUCUACAAUGUGUAUACUAUGUGUUUGAUAUCUCUCACUGCUCUAAUAUUACCAUCUUCAGGAACUGCCUCUUCAGCCAUGCUAUUCUAUCAGUGAUAUCUCAAUGCAGCAAUAUGAUCAGUUUGGUAAGAUCCACACAGUCAAGGUGAGUAGCCGCCAUCUUUUGUAAUAUUACUUUAAUGGGGAUAUUUUGAGUGGCUAAUCUGUUAGAGAUUAUUUUUAUCCUUGAGAAAGUGUAGCAGUUCCAUUUGACCUAAACUGAAUAUAUUAUGUCCUAUGUUCAAAUCAUAGUUUAUGUUAUGUUGUAUGUUCAAAGCAUAGUUUAUGCCAUAUGUUCAAAGCAUAGUUUAUGUUGCAUGUUCAAAGCAUAGUUUAUGCCAUAUGUUCAAAGCAUACUUUAUGUUGUAUGUUCAAAGCAUAGUUUAUGUUUCAUGUUCAAAGCAUAGUUUAUGUCUAUGUUUUUUACAAGAAACUUCUCUUUAAAAAAUGAACGUGCUUGUUCCACAGGUUCAAUACAUCUUCUACAGAGAACGAGUUGGGAUCAGACCUGAACGUAUUACACCCUCAUUUGUUCGUAAGCCCAAGCCAAACAUGAUUUUGGACCAUGCGCCGCAGGUGUCUGAACUGAUAAAGCUGGGCAGCCUUGACAUUGACGAGAUAACAUCAUUCGUCUGGGCCAUGGAGGACGUGCUGAUGAAGCUUGAGUGCCACAGGGAUAAGACCUUGACCUACACUAAGGAAGAAGUUCAGGCUGAAGUCUGGGAUGAAUACCAGGCUGUUGUCGAUAAGGAUGGUCAUGUUGCUUCUCAAAAAGCUAGGGUUCGAAUAUUCUUUUUAGCAUUCCUAACAGGCAUGCCGGCUUGUGAGCUGGGCAUAAGUGACAGAAGAAGGAAAGGGAGAGAAGUGGUGGGAAGACAUGACAUCAUUCCUGUUAGGACAGAGGACUGGAUACGGAUAGAAGAUCCAGAAUUUCAUAAUGUGGUGGAUCUAGAGACAUAUGAGCAAACUCACAAUAUCCGUUUCCAUCCACUGGAUGCCUGUCAGUUUGAGUUGGUUCGUUUUAGGGUACGGCCUCGGGCCAAUCGGGAACUUCCUUUACAGCUGAGAAUCACCCAGGUGAUGAAAGGACGUCAUUUUGAGGUCAGAGUGGAUCUCCUGGUCACGGGAUACCAUGCCUUCAGUAAGAAAUGCGGCCAGUUCCCGUGUGAAGAUAUUGAGGUCCGUAUCAAAAUUCCAGAAGUGUGGAUUUAUUACUUCCGUUACGAGAAACGAUUUGGUUAUGGCUCACUGAAGGCCAUGGCCAGAAAACCCGGCAGAAUCAAAGGUCUGGAGAGGAUCACGAUGAUGGCCCAGGGACUGCUGACACCCGCCCUUAUGGAGGCAUCCGUCGGCUCAGCCAAAUAUGAGCAUCUGUACAGAUCUGUGGUGUGGAGGAUACCCCGGCUGCCCGAGAGAAAUCAUGGUGAGAUCAAUACCUUUAUUGAUUAGUGUUUAAUAGCUUUAUUGAUUGGUGUUUAAACACUGAACAUAUAAACUUGUAAUAGUUCAUGAACAUUCAAAUUAAAAAUGUAUUUGAACAGUGAACUAAAUCAGUUGUUGAGUAAUUAAAUAAUAGUAUGGUUGAACUCUGCGAUACAUAGGAUCAUGUUUUUCCACAGGAGUGGUGGGGUAGGUCAUAGUGAUGCCCAGUAGAUAAUCCACUGCUUACUUUGUAAGGUCAAUCUUGGGAGCUACCCCAUUUUUCAUUCCUGGGGUAAAAGGAGGGAGGGUCCCAUGAGAUGGCUGGAAGAGCUUUGCUCAGAUCAUUCCAAAUGUAACAUUUUCAACUCUGCCAUAAUAUGCCCACAGCAUCACAAAGUUAAUAUUUUUGCAAAGGAUAUGAAAAUAGUAUUUAAAAAACAUUUUUUCAUACAAUCACAAUUCCACAAAACAUAUACAUUCACAAUCACAAUUCCACAAAACAUAUCCAUUCACAAUCACAAUUCUACAAAACAUAUCCAUUCACAAUCACAAUUCCACAAAACAUAUUCAUUCACAUGCACAAAUCCACUAAACAUAUCCAUUCACAAGCACAAUUCCACAAAACAUAUUUAUUCAUAAGCAGAAAUCCACAAAACAUAUCCAUUCACAAGCACAAUUCCACAAAACAUAUUUAUUCAUAAGCACAAAUCCACAAAACAUAUCCAUUCACAUGCACAAAUCCACUAAACUUAUCCAUUCACAUGCACAAAUCCACAAAAAUAUUCAUUCACAAGCACAAAUCCACUAAACAUAUUUAUUCAUAAGCACAAAUCCACUAAACAUAUCCAUUGAUAAGCACAAAUCCAUUAAACAUAUCCAUUCACAUGCACAAAUCCACUAAACAUAUCCAUUCACAAGUACAAAUCCAAUAAAACUAUUCCAACUUCAACACCACUCAAGAGAUUUUUAAAAAAAUAUUCCUCUCUUCCUACUCAUUGACAAUUCCAACGCUAUUCACAUGGAAUAUUUUAAACCCUUCUCUGACAUACCAGGGCUAUUGACAAAUCCAAUUAUAAGACCCCAAUUUUAACAUGCUAGCGAGGUUUUACAGUACCAUCCAAAAAGUAUGUAGAUAUGUUUUAUGAAUGAGGCUCUUUGAUGUGGUCCAAGUAUGCCAACUAUUGAAAGUGGGAUUGAACGUACAUGAACGUUUUUUUUAAACAUUUCAAGAAGCUAAAAGAUGUAUCUCCUGAUUUGAUCUUUGAGCUAUACAUUUAGUUCAGUAGUUCUUAACCUUUUUUGGGGUACCGAACCCCACCAGUUUCAUAUGCGCAUUCACCGAACCCUUCUUAUUAGGAAAAAUAAAAUAUGAUUUUUUUCUGAUUUUUGUUGGACCUCCGCCGAACCCCUGAGACUGACUCACUGAACACCUGGGGUUCGAUCCCAGGUUAAGAACCACUGAUUUAGUUAUAGUGUUUUUAUGUCUCAAAUAAGAAGAGAAGAAAAUACUUGAACUUUAAUCACUAUGAAAACAGUUGAGUUGUAACAUAGCAAAAAGUUAAUUUUAACAACAGCAGCAACAUUCAGAUUAGAUUAUUUAUUGUUGAGCUACAAUUGCCAGGCAUUCAAUAUUUCAUCAGUUUAUGGAGACAGGUUUAAACUGGAAGGCAUACUACACAGUAAUAAUACAACGCAAUAAUCAUACUGCACAAUAAUCAUACUACACAAUAAUCAUACUGCACAGUUAUAAUCACAAUAAUUUUUAAUUUUAAAAUUUGCUUCUUUGGUCAACUUAAUUUGUCACAUUUGGUCCACUUAUUUUGUCACAAUUAAACAUUUUUUAAAUUUCUUUUUUCAGGUGCUUAUAAAAACCACUUGUUUGUCCUUCACCUUUCCCUGGGUCAGCAUGAUGAGAUUCCUGAUCAAUUAGAGCAGUGGGCGGACUGCUCCUUCACCAUGCCAGCUUCCACAGUCUCCAAGGCACAGGUGCGGUCUAUCAGUGUUGAAAACCCUGACCCGCCCGAGAAGUGGGUUCGAUAUAUUGCCAAAUACAAUUACAGGGUGGAAAUUGACAAUCAUGUGGAGACAGAGUCAGACAGGGAGACAAGUGAUUAGUCUCCAAUUAUUGUGGUCCAAUGUGAGGCUCACUUGCCCUGACGGAGCCGAGACUGCUGCUGAAGACAUAAAUGAAAGCCUUGAUAGAUUAUUUAUAAGUCAGUUUGAAAAAUAUUAUCAGUAGUG